CCCACUCACUCGUAGGCGCACGCGCGGAGCAGUGGUAGUUGGAUUGGAUUAAACGCCACUGAGCUGCGCUGCUGUGACGCUUCGCCGGACAAAUUUCACCACGAAUUUCUGAAAGACUCAAUCCAAACCCUUUCCAAGCAUGGCUGAUGAGGGAUAUGUUGUGCGGGUUCGUGGACUACCCUGGUCAUCAUCCGUGGACGAAGUUUCCAGGUUUUUUUCAGAUGUCAAAGUUGCAAACAAUGGCACAGCCAUCCACUUCACCUACACCAGAGAAGGCAGGCCCAGCGGAGAAGCUUUUGUUGAGCUGGACACAGAGGAUGACUUGAAGAUCGCACUGAAGAAAGACAGGGAGUCGAUGGGACACAGAUAUGUGGAAGUGUUUAAAUCCAACAACGUGGAGAUGGACUGGGUGAUGAAGCACACAGGGCCGAGUUGCCCAGAGACCGAUGGGGACGGGCUGGUGCGCUUGCGUGGCCUCCCCUUCGGCUGCAGCAAGGAGGAGAUAGUUCAGUUCUUCGCAGGGUUGGAAAUCGUGCCCAAUGGGAUAACAUUGCCGGUGGACUUCCAGGGGAGGAGUACGGGGGAGGCCUUCGUGCAGUUUGCUUCACAGGAUAUAGCUGAAAAGGCUCUAAAGAAACACAAGGAAAGAAUAGGGCACAGGUACAUUGAGAUCUUCAAGAGCAGUCGUGCGGAGGUGCGGACGCACUACGAGCCUCCGCGUAAGCCCAUGGGCAUGCAGAGACCCGGCCCGUACGACCGGCCCAGCGGUGGUGGCGGCCGUGGCUACAACAAUGGCAUGAGCCGAGGGGGCUCGUUUGACCGUAUGCGGAGAGGAGGCUACGGGGGAGGUGAGUCAGAGGGGCGCUACAGUGACGGGGGCUCCAAUUUCCACAGCACAACAGGCCAUUGUGUGCACAUGAGGGGACUGCCAUAUCGGGCCUCAGAGAACGACAUCUACAGUUUCUUCUCUCCACUCAACCCGGUGCGUGUGCACAUCGAGGUGGGGCCAGAUGGCAGGGUGACUGGGGAGGCCGAUGUGGAGUUUGCCACGCACGAGGAUGCAGUGGCGGCCAUGUCAAAGGACAAGGCCAGCAUGCAGCACCGCUAUAUCGAGCUGUUCCUGAACUCAACAUCAGGGGGCAGCAAUGGCGGCUACAGUAGCCAGAUGAUGGGCGGAAUGGGUAAGCUAUGCAACCAGUCAUCCUAUGGGCAUGGCAACAGCCAGAUGAGCUCUGGAUACCAGGGCGGCUACAGUGGGGGGUCCAGCAUGGGCGGCUACAAUGAUUACAGUAACCAGAGCGGAAUGAACAGCAGUUACUAUGGCGGCAGCCGAGGAUCCGUGGGCAUGAACGGCAUGGGGGGAGGAUGGGGGAUGUGAGGUGUUGUGAAUUCAGCAUGUCAGUGUUUUUUGUUUUCCUUUUUUGCCCUCUUUUUUUAAAGUUAGAGACUGUACAGACAUCUGUAUUGCUUGCAAUGAUUACAACAAGGCCAAGGUUGUUUUAUAUUUAUCCUUCUGUUCUGUAACUUUGGUUACUAGAAUCAGUGCAUCCAGUUUUAAUUCCUUCAAUUUAAGUGACAGCACAUGUGUUCCUGUCUGGCUUUAAAGUUGCACAGUUUGUAACCUGUCCCAGCCAAGUGUGUGUUUUGUAUAUACGGUGAAGACUGCCUGUGACCGAAGCUGCAAAUGUUUCUAGCUUUCCCCCCCACUCUCAAAAGGUUAAACGUUCUUUACCUUUUGGAUUUGAUAACUUUUGUAGUGUCAACAGACAUUAUUUGAAUGAGUUUUGUUUUGUUUCUUUUGUAUUGAAAUUAAGAGAAAAAAGUUCCUUCAUGCAAUUUAAUACAUGUGAUAUGCAUAUUUUUUAUUAAUAUUCUUAAGGCUGUUUCAUUUCCUUUCAACAAUAUCUGGUUGUCCACAGUAAUUAAAACUUAUUCAAGAAA